AUGCAACCCGAGCGUAGAAAGAAGAGGGGGAAAGAGAAGGGGAAGAAAGAGAGGAGAGAAAGGGGGGUAAGAAAAAGGGGAAAAGUGAAAGAGGGGGAAAGAGAAGGGGAAGAAAGAGAGGAGAUAAAGAGGAGGGGAAAAAGAGAAGGGGAAGAAAGAGAGGAGGGAAGAAAGAUGGGAAGAAAGAUGGGAAAAGAGAAGGGGAAGAAAGAUAGGAGAGAAGGAGAGGAAAGAAAGAGGGGGAAAGAGAAGGGGAAGAAAGAGAGGAGAGAAAGAGGGCAAAAGAGAAGGGGAAGAAAGAGAGGAGAGAAAGAGGAUGGAAGAAAGAGUGGAAAAGAGAAGGGGAAGAAAGAGAGGAGAGAAAAAGGGGAAAGAAAGAGGGGAAAAGUGAAAGAGUGGGGAAAAGAGAAGGGGAAGAAAGGGAGGAGAUAA